GUAAUAAAUAAUUGGACAAUUCGGUUUUAUUUAUCUUUAAUGUUUUUCCUGAUUACAAAAAAAAUGUCUACUGUAGAAAAAUGAAAGAUAAGAAACAGAUACAAGAAAUGAAAGUCACCUACGUACUCCAUCCACUACUACCCAAAGACAAUUGCUAGGAGCUGGUUUUUAAUUUUCAUGCAGUAUAUCAAUUACGUAGAUAUAGUUCUAUUUUACAGUACAAAAUACAAAUGUUUUGCAUAUUUGAGAUUCUACAGUUUUACUUCAGUAGUCUUCAACACAUCUUUAAUGGCUAUACAGUAUCCAUGCUGUAGAGAUACCGUAAGUUAUUUAACCAUUUUCUAUUUUGGAAUAUUUAGGUUGUUCCUGAUUCUACAUUAUUUCAUCUACACAGUAAAUAUCUCUAAAUAUAAACAUCUCACAUACUACAUAUGUGAUAUGUUAUAGAACAUAUGCAUGUAUGCACAGAUACCAUUUAUGAACAGCUUUGCAUAUAAACAUUUGCCCGCUUACUUAUCUUAGGACACAUCACUGAAUUAGAACACAAACUCUGUCAAGACUCUCGGAACAUCCUGCCAAAUCGCCUUUCCAGAGAGGUACAUGGAUUUUUACUCUCAUCCACAAUAAGGCAGCUCACCAAUCCUUGUCGACAUUUUUGACACCCUAAAAAGAAACACCUGGGAAAGUUCAGUUUCUUCUGGUAGUUGACACAUUGGGACAUUUCUUCACCAUAAAACCUAAGGUGUCACGUUUUAGAGAAUUAGAGCUCAGAAAUAGGACCUUACUAAAACUUUCCUUUGUGAGAGAGUGGGCAGGUGGGAACAGUCUUUCCUGAGCCAAGGUGCCUUCCACUCUGAGCUUCUGGUGUUUUCACCAUCAUCACUGGCCCCAGAUUUCUCAACCCUCCAGCCAAUGAGGCAGAGAAGGAAAGUAUUUCAGCGCUCACUAUUUCGUAACGCUGGCUUUGAUUAGGAGGAAACACGAGGGAGACAGGAGUAUCUCCGGGACAGGGGGCUCGGCCGGCCAGCGCGUCGCCCAGAAGUGUCCCCACCACACUCCAGCGCGCGGGACACACGCACACGGACACACACACGCACGCGGACGCGCACCCACCGCGCGGGUUUGGUUGCCGGACCCGGGGAGGGAGCUAGAGCAGCCGCGGUGGCCGAGCUGGGGUCUGCGCGCCGCCGAGCCCCCGCCCCACCCCUCGGGACAGCGCCAAGCGCUGGGGCGUCCCGGGCUCCGGCCAAGUUUGCGCGCGGUCUCCGCUGACUCUCCGGUUACCUGAGCCGGCAACCACGUCAGCGCCACAUCAUCUGGGCUUUUUAUAUUGCGAGGAAACAGGAAAAGAAGGAAGAAAAGCAGCGCCCGAGCCGGCCAAUCGCAGGGAGCCGGCUGUGCCCGGAGGCGCGGGGCGGCGCGGGCCGAGCGCGGCGGGGGCGGCGGGGCGGCGGGGGCGGCGGGCCGCGCUCGGCCGGUCUGCGGCGGCGGCCUUGGCUUCGGCGGCGGCGAAGAUGCUGCAGUCCCUGGCCGGCAGCUCGUGCGUGCGCCUGGUGGAGCGGCACCGCUCGGCCUGGUGCUUCGGCUUCCUGGUGCUCGGCUACCUGCUCUACCUGGUCUUCGGCGCCGUGGUCUUCUCCUCGGUCGAGCUGCCCUACGAGGACCUGCUUCGCCAGGAGCUGCGCAAGCUGAAGCGGCGCUUCCUGGAGGAGCACGAGUGCCUGUCCGAGCAGCAGCUCGAGCAGUUCCUGGGCCGGGUGCUGGAGGCCAGCAACUACGGCGUGUCGGUGCUCAGCAACGCCUCGGGCAACUGGAACUGGGACUUCACCUCCGCGCUCUUCUUCGCCAGCACCGUGCUCUCCACCACAGGUUAUGGCCACACCGUGCCCUUGUCAGAUGGGGGCAAGGCCUUCUGCAUCAUCUACUCCGUCAUCGGCAUUCCCUUCACCCUCCUGUUCCUGACGGCCGUGGUCCAGCGUGUCACCGUGCAUGUCACCCGCAGGCCCGUCCUCUACUUCCACGUCCGCUGGGGCUUCUCCAAGCAGGUGGUGGCCAUCGUCCACGCCGUGGUCCUCGGCUUUGUCACCGUGUCCUGUUUCUUCUUCAUCCCGGCUGCUGUCUUCUCUGUCCUGGAGGAUGACUGGAACUUCCUGGAAUCCUUUUAUUUUUGUUUUAUUUCCCUGAGCACCAUCGGCCUGGGAGAUUACGUUCCUGGAGAAGGCUACAAUCAAAAAUUCAGGGAGCUCUAUAAGAUUGGGAUCACGUGUUACCUGCUACUUGGCCUGAUUGCCAUGUUGGUAGUUCUGGAAACCUUCUGCGAACUCCACGAGCUGAAAAAAUUCCGAAAGAUGUUCUAUGUGAAGAAGGACAAGGAUGAAGAUCAAGUGCACAUCAUCGAGCAUGACCAGCUGUCCUUCUCCUCCAUCACGGACCAGGCAGCUGGCAUGAAAGACGAUCAGAAGCAAAACGAGCCUUUUGUGGCCACUCAGUUGUCUACCAGCUCCGAUGGCUCCGCAAACCAUUAAGUGCAGGCUUUGCCACACCGGGGUCCGGGCAUGAGGAAGAGGCUUAGUUAUGUUCAUUUUUAUCAGAAUGUAAAAGCUAAGGUGUUACCAUUUUAAGAAAUAUCUACUGUUUUGCAAUAUUUUAAUAAACAAACACAAUAAGCAAAAAAUGGAACAAAGAAAGCUUUGACCCCACAGGGCUUAAUAAUAAGUAAAGAAAGAGGAUGUAUACCUAUAACCCACAUGUGACAGAAUUAUCUAGACUUUGCAUAGGAGAAGAAUACUUGAAGCAGUAUGCCGCUGUGGAUAGAAGCAGAUUUUAUACUUUUAAUUGGGAACUUUGGGGUUUGCGUUUAAAUCAUUUAGCUGAGGGCCAAAUAGCAACAUUUAUAUUUAAAAUAUUUAAAAUAAAAAAAAAAGAAAGCAUAGAGAUGUGUUUUAUAAAUAGGUUUAUGUGUACCGGUUUGCAUGUGCCCAUCCAAAAUGAUUAUUUUUGUAGAAUCUAAGUUAAACCUACUAUUUAUAAUGCAUAGGUAACCAUUAACUAUGUACAUAUAAAGUAUAAAUAUGUUUAUAUCCUGUACAUAUGGUUGAGGUCACCGGAUCCCAGUGUACUUCUUAAACCAAGAUGUUAGAUACUUUUUCUUUUGAUUUCUCUUUAUACUACAGAAUCCAGAGUUGCUGCCACAAAAUAAGGGUAAUAAUAAACUUAAGAGUGAGUAACUAUAUUACUCAGCUACAAUAAAUGUUUCUACCCUCUUGCAAUACAGUGGUAUCAGAUGUCUAAAAUGUUUAUGAACAUUUUUUGGACGUGAACAAAUAACAAAGAAUAGGAUUUGUAAAAAGGUUAUGACACUUUGUUUUGAAAGUUCGUUGUGGUUUGCAGCCACCUAAUACUAAAGCAUAGAACUUGUAUGUAAAAGCCCCAAAUGAACAGAUUAUGUUACAUUAAUCUGAUAAUUUUAAAUUUACACGUGGAAAUAAAAAUCACA